UUAUAACACUGAAGCAUUAGCAGUACAGAAGGCAUUUAGACAGCGAGCAUUACAUUAAGCUGAGGGCAGUGUUUUAUCAGCUCACAGAGACUUGUGAUGUUAUACUGUUAAUCCAAAGUCACCCAGGGCAAUGACGGGGACUGUUCUUUCAACUUCUGGAAAUUCUUCAGCCAGGAGCCACUGUUUCCACUCCACCCCUGAUGCACAGUGUGUUAACCUUCUAUUCCUGUAACAGUGAGUUCAACUGAUUGCAAUAUAUACACUGCAAUAAGCAGGAGUCUAGCAGGAAUAGCAGCCUCGUCCGAUCACGCUGUUUACAUGCUCUUAAAGGUCAGAAAGUUACACUGUUGUUUAGUAACCCUCUUCAGUGACAUCUGAUCUGUAUCUGAUGCUCAUUAUGAAAUUGUACUACUGCAAUUCAACAGCAAAAGGAUGUAUACUUGUCUAACCCAGGACUUAGGCUAAACAGGCAGUCCGGCUGAAAUAGGUACGGGCCCGGGGAUGUUUAAUGUUGCAGCUAUUACUUGUUUCUCUGGACCUUUUACGUUGUGUCAACCCAGACAGAGAAGACGGUCUUUGAUUCUGACGGAUAUACAGCAAGCUUUGACUUUUAAAGUACACCACACUUUUUAGACUAAAACUUGGUACGGCACUUCCAUCAUUAAAAGACCUGGGUUUGAGACCGCAGAGCAAACAAAUGCGGAAAAACGUUAUUCAUUCAAGGUUCAAUGUGGACACUAAUGCAAUAACGAGUUAAUAGUUACUUGGUCUGUUUGGAGAAUGUCCGAUUACUUUCUCUAAAAGCUGCAACAUGAAUUACUUUCUUGCUCACUCCAAGCCACAUACAGAGGCAAUCCUCACUCAGUUCCAAUGGCUCCGUGCUGAGGGCUUUCUGUGCGAUGUCAUUUUGGAAGUAGACGGUACUAUUUUCCCGGCUCAUCGAGCUCUGCUUGCCUGCUCUAGCGAUUAUUUCAAGGCUAUGUUUAAAGAUUACACCAAGGAAUCAAAGGCCAAAGUGAUCCGGCUCCAAGAAGUGACAGCCAGAGGGUUACAGCUUGUGUUGGACUUUAUCUACACAUCGUGGCUGUCCCUCUCCAUGGAAACUAUAGAGGAGACCUUGUUGGCAGCUACUUACUUGCAAGUGAUCGAAGCCAUAAGGCUUUGUGGCAAGUAUCUUAUAAGCCAUCUAAACCUUGGCAACUGCUGUUUUUCUGCAAAUGUAGCGUACAUGUUUUAUCUUGCAGAUACACUUGCCUCUAUAGAGAAGUUCAUCCUCCAUCACCUUUGGAGACUUUUGGAGUUUGACCUUGACACAAUAGGUUUGCUAGAGCUGAAUGCCGAUUCCAUGCUUUUUGUAGUAAUAUCAGAAGACAUUCCAAAUGUCAAGGAGCUUUCCCUGCUAACUUUAAUUUUAGAGUGGCUAGACUAUGACAAAACCCGGUGUCAGUACAGCAGCCGUUUGUUAAGUCGGGUCAGGUAUGGACUUAUUCCUCUGGCGGACCUCACUGCUCUGUUUUAUGAAUAUGAAGUUCUGCAAACCCCACCAGUUAAAAGUCUAGUGUGGAGCGCAAUGGAUUACCAUAAUGCUGCGCACAUGCAGCCUGUUAUGCAGUCUUUGCAAACCACUCCAAGAAAUUUGAAGGAGGAGAUCAUUUUAGUCGGAGGGGAAACAGAUAACAACGAAUUUGUUACCGACAUUUUUGCUUAUAAUACCAAUAAGAAAAAAUGGAGAUCUGCCACCCAGGUAAAAGAAAAGGUACGAAAUCAUUGUGUUUGCGUAAUUGGAAACUUUCUCUACGUGCUGGGAGGAGAGAUUGCUGUAAGUGAGGAGAAUAACCGUGAAAACACAGUUACAGUAGUUACUGAUGCGGUUUAUCGCUACGAUCCUCGGUUUAAUAAGUGGAUGGAGCCUGCCAGGAUGCUAGAAAGGAGGACUCAGUUUUCAUGUUGUGUCCUACAAGACAGGAUAUUUGCUGCCGGUGGGCAGGAUGAGAAUGAACAGUUGCACUCAUCUGUUGAGGCUUAUGAUAUUAAUGCAGAUGAAUGGAGGAAAAUCACAGAUCUGCCCCAUAAAAUGCAUGGACAUGCCAGCGUAGUCUGCAAUAACGUUAUGUACUUAUCAGGAGGCAAAUACGCUGGGCAGUUAAACCACACCAGUAAAGAUAUGUACUCCUAUAAUGCGCUGGGAGGUCACUGGAUAAAACGUGCACCAAUGACAAUUGCUCGGUUUGGCCAUCAAAUGGCAGCAGUAGAUCAGACAAUAUUCGCCUUCUUAGGGAUGUAUGAGCCUUUCUGUGACAUAGAAAAGUAUGACCCUAUACAGAAUCAGUGGAUCCGAUUAAAACCCCUACGGUAUGAUCGAUUUUGCUAUGGCAUGGCAGUGUUGGGUGAAACUAUUUACUUGAUUGGGGGCAAGAAAUGGCAGGAUUCACAGCAAGUUCCCACCCAAAAUAUCAUAGCUUAUGACAUUUCAGGGGACACCUGGGAGGAAAUAAGCAGCCUUCCCAUCCCCCUUUACGGAGUACAGUGCGAUCGGCUUCAGUUCAGCGAGCUCACAGAUCUCUGAAAGCAGUAUGCUGCAAAUAGACAUUGUAUUAGGCAAACAGUUACACGAGUUUAUUGUAUGCUUUCAGCUAGUCUGCCUAGAUGAGCAGGGGGACAGGUGCUUUGCAUGUUCACGUCUUGUAUAUGCAUAUUUUGUAAGUGUGCUGGUGAAACAGUCAGGGGACCGAGGUGAUUCACAUGCUGACAGCUGUAAGACCAGACUUGUCCCACUGCUGUCGUGUAACUAAGUACUCUGAUAGUUUGAUGGCUUUAGAACUUAUUUUGGACAUCCGUAAUGUCCGCCUCAAGUCAUAAAGCGUGUGUUACAAACCAAUUCAUUUUAAUGUAGUUUGCAGUUACAUUUCAGAGUUACUUUGGCGUACAGAAUAUUAAAACAAGGUGUGAACAGUGCUAAUUAAUAACAGAGGUCUGAUAGUAAAGAAAACAAUUUAAAAAUGGUUGUAUAUAUUGAAUUAGGCUAAUAAUGAGUGAGUGAAGCAUUUAUUUUUCCAAGAGGUGAGCAGUACAUUACAACUGUAAAUUAAUAAAAUAAGUUCGAGGUCUCAUAAAACAGUGCAGUUGUUGUAUAAUAAUUUUAACAAAUGAGUAACUAUUUCGAGAGGGUGGUGUAGCAAUCUACACAUUGCUGUGGACACUCCGCAGCUUUUUAGCUGGAAUAAUUGAAGGGGUGAAAUCGUCUGACUUUUUAUGAUCAGCUUUGAUAAACAAUGAUCACAUUUGAAUUAUUUAAUUUACCCAAAACGUUUUAAAAGGCAUUUUCAUUGUAUCUGAUUAUUUAUUUAUUUUUGAAAUAAAACUCAGCAUGAAAACUGGUCUGGGAAGCAA